UAGGGGGCACCAACUUGGUUCCUCAAACACAGGAAGUAGGGGAACCUUUUUUGGGGUGUCAAGGCUGGACACUUGUUUUUUCUCCACGACCUUCACUUUCAAGUCUGUCUAUUCUUAACAACACACUUGAAUUUUUUUUGCUCCUUAACAUUUGGCCUGUUUUUCCUGGUUAUUGAUGGAUGAGCCCAAAAGUGCAUUUGAAGCGUCACACCCAUUCGUCUUCGCAAUUGGAAGCAAGCAACAAGUGGCCGGUGUCCUGAUCUGAUACGUCUGAAGUGUUGGUGAAUUGGAGGCGUGUGCUCUCCCGGCGCAGUGGGAGCGCGCAGAGGAAGGGAGGGCAAUCUGCUCCGGACUCUAAUAAGACCCAAUGGCUACUGCAAGGUGGCCAGGAGUGCUGCGACUCGCCACUGGUGGACGCUGGGCGAAAAGGAGGAAGACAAAAGAGGAUGACUCUGUGACAGUUGGAUUUUAAGCUGAGAGGUGUGGGGGCGGGGGGUGGAUUUGGAGCGCCUCUUGUGUGGAAAAGCGGCCGCGUCGUGACAGGUAGAGGAUGAAGAUGACUUUAAAUGCUGAGGUGGCUUUAAAAAAGCAAAUACACAUGAGUACAAGCGUAGCACAGAAUCUUACUGCAAUGUGUUAUUGGUGUUAAGAGCUGACGAACUUGCGCUUUUCUGUUCAUUUCGAGCCAAAAGGAUGUCCUAACACAAAUUGAGUUUUCAUGCUCGAGCUACCAGUGCUUUGGAAUGGACCAACCUUUGCCCUCAGCCUACAUGUCCCCUACCUGAAGCAUCAAGCCUCCCCAAUGAAGAAGCAGCCCCGCCGGGCCCAAAGCGCCGAGUUCGGCCUGCUCGCUUUGUUGACCUGCCUGUACCUGGCUGAGGGAUGCGGGCCGGGCCCCGGCUACGGCGUCCGGUCCAGGCCCAGGAAGCUGAUGCCCAUGCACUACAAGCAAUUUUCCCCCAACUUCUCAGAGAACAACCUGGGGGCCAGCGGGAGGGCGGAGGGCAAGAUCACAAGGAGCUCGGAGCGCUUCAAUGAACUGGUGUGCAACUACAACCCAGAUAUUGUCUUUAAAGAUGAAGAGAACACCAACGCGGACCGCUUCAUGACUAAGCGUUGCAAGGAGUGUUUGAACAGACUGGCGAUAGCUGUGAUGAACCAGUGGCCAGGGGUGCACCUGAGGGUGACAGAGGCCUGGGACGAGGAUGGUCACCACCCCCCCGGAUCUCUGCACUACGAAGGCCGGGCUGUGGACAUCACGACUGACGACAGAGACACGGACAAAUAUGGACUGCUCGCCCAGCUGGCAGUGGAGGCGGGUUUCGACUGGGUCCACUACGAGUCCAAAUAUCACAUCCAUUGCUCUGUAAAAGCUGAUCACUCGGUGGCGGUGGAAAAAGGAGGCUGUUUCCCAGGCUGGGCCCGGGUGACUGUUGCUGGAGGGGGGGAGAAGCGCAUGUCAUCACUAACUCCUGGGGACAAAGUGAUGGCCAUGUCUAUGACAGGUCAAAUGGUAUUUAGCCGAAUUUUGUUCUUUUUGCACCUGGAUCAGGAAGCCCUGGUCACCGUUCUGUCUCUGGAGACAGAAGACGGCCAUAGAUUAGCUGUCACGCCACACCACCUCGUCUUCUUAAACUCCGACUGCGCACUUGAUAACAGUAAGUACCAAGCGCGAUUUGCCAGCAGAGCCCGAGCGCAGCACUGCGUCUUAAUCCACCGAGCAGACGGUCGGAUACGUCCAUCUCGAAUCAGUUCCCUUUCGGUCCAAGAGACCACAGGAGCGUAUGCACCUUUGACAGAAGACGGGACUUUGUUCGUGGACGGAGUGCUCGUGUCCAGCUACGCACUAGUGGAAGGGCACACCCUGGCACAUUGGGCGUUUGGACCUCUGCGACUCAUCUCCUCAUUCAAACGCGUACUUUGGGGGGAAAGCACAAUGCGGGAGCAGACGACUUGCACUAACACAAGCUCACGUUAUUGUAAUACACAUUUCUACGUGAGUAAUAGUUCUCCUAUUGUACAUCACAAUGUGGACGGAGCUUGGAGAAUGGAAAUGAAAGGGACACUCAAUCAAAAAACGUCAAACGUGCACUGGUAUGCUCGGUUAUUGUAUAGUGUGGGAUCUAUCAUUUCAGACCUGAACAUUUUUUAUCCUGAAAAGUAGUUUAUUUUAUUUUUUACAGUAUGAUCACUAACAUUUCAAAUGUUUCUUUGUUGUCUGCGCACUGGAUUAGCCAUAAUUAUUGUUUUGAUUAUAGACAGUAUUAUCAUGGUGUCGUUGUCCCCCCCGCCUCCCCACAUGCAUUAGAAUUAGUCUCAAAUGAAUAUAUUUUUGUACUGUCUGAAAUGUAAUAUAUAUAUUUCAUAUUUUAAUAAUUGCACCAUAUUUAGUAUGUAAUGUCCUCACUUUGUUUUCAUCAAAGAAAAAUGUAAAAAUGUUCCUACAACCAGUUUCUGUAGCCGGGGAUCAGAUCACCAAGGUCCCUGUCUUCGGUCACUUCCAGGCUCACAUUGCCCCCUCCCACAGGUGGUGAGCCCAUGUAAAGGGGGAUCCAUGUUACCCUUUUGGGUUAUGCCUGGCCAACCCAUAGGUGCAGGCCCAGCCCCCAGGGGCUUGCCUUUGAGCCCCACCUCCAGGUUUUGCUCCACAGGGCCUGGUCUGGUCCCUCACCUUGGACCUGUUUGCCAUAAGUGACCCUGCCACGGGCACAAAGCCACAGACAACUUAACUCCCACAAACAUUGGGAUACACAAACCCCUCCACCACAAUAAGAUGAUGGCUUAAGGAGUGGCGUGCUCCACUCGGAAGAGACCCCGGGGACGACCCAGGACAUGCCUGGGAAUGCCUCAGGGGAGCAGAAUGAAGUUGCUGGACAGAUGCAAGUCCGAACUUCCAUGCUAGAGCUACUGCCUCCGUGACCUGAUGUCGGAUAAGCAAAAUAAAUUGAAAAAUCAAAAAAGCCACUGGGACGUAACCUUAGAGUCCAUAGCUCACAAGGCUCUGUGAGCAAAAUCAUUGUCAUAUGCAGCAAUUUUCCUGUACUUUUUCGUGAAAUUCUACAUUCGGUGCUCACGAGACUCAGUGUUAUCAACAGCAGAUCGAUUGCAACGAUAGCAUGGGACACUUAGCACGGGUGUCCGCUGCACUAAACCCGAGCUCAGAGUACUCCAACGCGGAAACACACUACACUCAUCGUCGGGGACCACUCCGGAAAUUGGGGAGUUCUAGAUGAAUAAAAAUCCAAACCAAAUGCUAAAGCAAAACCACUUGUUUUGUACACAUGGAAUUGAAAGGUCCAAUUUUUGCUUGGCCAGUGGCCACUCAGUUGGUGCACAAUGUAUUGCUUACAAUGGGAGAAAUCAAAUGCGGUCAAAUACAAGAAUACUGCACACUAAAGGCUUGAUAAAAAGCUUGAAAGCUUUAGAUACACAGUAUUAAAUAUGAGAAACGUAUGUCAAAAUAUAGAAAUAAUAGACCAGUAGUCGUGGAAAAAAUAUUAGACCCCUUGUUGAUUUGUGUCAGUUGCGACUAAAGGUAGAUUUGGACAAAUAUAAUGACAACAAAAUAGCUCAUAAGAGAUCAAUAUAAGAGCUGAUAUUUAGCGCUACUUGAUUUCCAUUAUUUUCUUGAUAGUAACCAAAAUUAUAAUACAAUGAGCCUUUGGUGGCACCAGGUAUUAAAAGAAACAAGAUUGGUUUCAAUAUUUAUAUAUAUCAUAUAUACUGUAUAUAGUUCAAUUUUAUACAUAUUAAUCAUAUGCCUGUAUAUGAAUAUUCAGCCAUUGAUCUAAUUAUUUAUAAAAAUGACUAAUGUUAAAAAUGGGCUAAUUCCAUUAUUGCAUAAUUUUUCAAGUUUAUUGUAAUGUUCUGAAUUAAUAAAAGUAAAUAUAAAAGUA